AUGGCUUCUAAAAGAGUGUAAGUGGCGUUUUAAAAAAGUUUUUAAAUUAGAUUUUAAACCACCAAUUCAUUAUAGACCAUUACAUUAUACAACCUAUAUAACCCCACCAAGUGUACCAUUAAGAGUGUUUCCAGGAACAAGCUGCCAAACGUAAACCUGCCCCAAACCUCCUACGGGUCUAGUGUUGGGCCCGCCAGUCCAUCUUCAAUUCCAGAUCGACCAAAGACGUCAGUUAGUGUCCUUGAUGUGCCUCCAGAAUUCCUGAUUAUUCAAGAGGAAAUACAAAAGAAAAAUCGAAUGAAAUACUGGAAUUUCAACCUUGGGGUAAGUGUAAAAUACGAGAUGACUUUAUUAUCUUAGGCAAGGAAUAAUGAUAUUCUAAAAAGAAAUCUGAACUCUUGUUGUAAGAUUUAUUCGAGAUAUUAUUGUAAAUCAUUAUUUGAUUAAAGCAACGUACAUAUACAGUGUGCGCCAAAAGUUCUGUUACACGGUUUUUUAAUCAGAUAUUUAUUUUAACGACAAAUAUAACUAAAACAACAACUAACAAUAGUAAUAUAUAGUACUAGUUAUAACAUAGUCAAUCGGUUUUAUGUAUAUAAUGAAAAACUGAGUACUGCUGUCACUUUUUUUUUGAAAGAUUCAUCUUAAACUUACAAAAAGUUGUUGAAGGACGUCUUGCGUUCAACUACUUAUGUUUUAAUUUUAUAAACUUUUUAGAAGUUUGCGUUGUUUGCUUUGCUACUUGGCACAUUGAUUACUGCUGGUGAUGUAGCAGUUCAAAUCUACUUCCAUGGUUAUUACUAUGCAGUGUUAUCUACUGUAACAUUCUUCUUUUACAUUUUUGGAAUCAUUGGGAAUCAAAUUGGAAUCAGACAAAUUUAUGUACCUCAAAUCGUUUGGAAUGUAAAGUUUUAAAUUUUUGAACUUUUGAAUUUUUUUGAAAUUAUGCAAAAACUUUGUUUACAGUAAAAUUUUUAAAAGUAAAACAUUUGUCUUAACAAUGUGUUGUAAAAUACGUUAAGAGCCAGUUGAGUUUUGUUAUUUUAGCUAAUCUACCUCUGUGUAUACGUAGUCCUCUUCCUGGUCCAACUGCUACGAUAUUCACCAUUCCAUCACAAGCAGAAUCGUCAAGAUGUGUCGUUGGAAAAGGGCGGUAAACUGACUGAAAAAGUACUCGAAAUAAGAUGGGAGGACAGACUAUAUACAGCUUGGGUUGGAAUCGUUGUUCUGACUACCGUUUUUGCAUUUAAAGUUGUCUACCGUCAUUUCUAUGUUCUCGAGACUAAUGAGAUUACUGGUGCUACGGAGACGGCGGAGAUUAUCAAGGACGACGUGUUGAACAAGUUGAGGAUGAAACUGGGGAAGAUCUCGGAGGAGGACAGUGUUUCUAGUAGUGGCAGUAAAUAA